CCCCAAGCCAUGAAGGACGGAGGCGAGUCUAAGGACCAGCAGCUGACGGUCGCUCUCCGCAUCCGGCCAAUCAAUGAAACAGAACUCAUGGAAGGAGCCACCAUCAUCGCUCACAAGGUGGAUGAACAGAUGGUGGUUUUUAGGGAUCCCAUGGAAGACCCAGAUGAUAUUUUGAGAGCCAACCGUUCCCGGGAGAAGUCUUAUAUGUUUGAUGUGACCUUCGAUUACACUGCUAACCAGGAGACCGUGUACCGGCUGACAACCAAAGGCCUGAUCGAAGGAGUCAUAUCCGGUUACAACGCAACAGUAUUUGCCUACGGCCCUACAGGAUGUGGCAAGACCUACACGAUGCUGGGCACAGACCGGGAACCCGGGAUAUACAUAAGGACCCUGAAUGACCUCUUCAAAGCCAUCGAGGAGACCAGCGAUGAUAUGGAGUACGAGGUCAUCAUGUCUUAUUUAGAGAUCUACAAUGAAAUGAUCCGGGACUUGCUGAACCCAUCACUGGGCUACCUGGACCUGCGAGAGGACUCAAAGGGUGUCAUCCAAGUCUCUGGUAUUACAGAGGUGUCCACCAUCAAUGCCAAAGAGAUCAUGCAGCUGCUGAUGAAAGGGAAUAAGCAGAGGACGCAGGAGCCCACGGCGGCCAAUAAAACGUCUUCACGGUCGCACGCCAUCCUCCAAGUCACCGUCAGACAGAAGAAUCGCAUCAAGAACAUCACUCAGGAGGUGCGGAUGGGACGGCUGUUCAUGAUAGACCUGGCCGGGUCAGAGAGGGCUUCUCAGACACAGAACCGAGGACAGAGGAUGAAGGAGGGCGCUCACAUCAACCGAUCCCUGCUGGCUCUCGGAAAUUGUAUCAACGCGCUCAGCGACAGAGGAGGGAACAAAUACGUCAACUACCGCGACAGCAAACUCACCCGACUCCUGAAGGAUUCUUUGGGUGGGAACAGCCGAACUGUCAUGAUUGCGCACAUCAGUCCCGCUAACAGUGCCUUCGAGGAGUCCCGAAACACUCUCACCUACGCCGACCGUGCCAAAAAUAUAAAGACCCGGGUGAAACGGAACCUCCUAAACGUGUCCUACCACAUCGCCCAGUACACCACCAUCAUCUCCGAGCUGAGAAACGAGAUCCAAAGACUAAAGGAAAAGAUUGACGAGCAAGGCUUGAAACAGAUCCGGAGUGAGAGGGGCGACAUCCGCAACAUCCAGGCCGAGGUCCAGCUCCACACCUUGCCCUUCGGCCGCCGGGAGAUGGACCAGCUUAGAGAACAGCUGAUAAAGGCCUUCAGAGAGCAGAUGGACAUCAGGAGGCAGCUGAUGGAACUGGAGAGCAACCACAUGGAAAUACAGAUGGAGACGUCUCGACAUUUCCUCAUCGUCGCAGACUGGGAGCAAGAAAAAACCAGACGAGUCCGCAAGUGGAGGGAAGAACUGAUGAAGGAAUCGUAUGGAAAGGAAGAUAGCGAGAAGGACUCUGACACAGGAGAUGACCAGUCUGACAUCAUGGAGCCCCCGGAGGUCAUCACAGCCAGGGAGAACAUCCAGGCACUGGUGGGAGACCAGGGAAAACUCCGCAGGCAGAAGCUGGAGCUGGAAAAGAGAUUUAAGGAGAUUCGUCAGAGAGCCAGGCGUCUGGAGGAGGUUUUACCGAAGAGGAUCAGCUCGGAGGAGCAGAGGGAGGUCCUGAGUCUUCUGUGUAAGGUGCACGAGCUGGAGAUCGAGAACACCGAGAUGCAAUCGCACGCCCUGCUGAAGGACAACAUGAUCCGCCAGAAGAACUACAUGGUGCAGAGGUUCGAGCAGCAUCGCUGCAUCUGCGACGAGAUCAUCAGGCAGCAGAGGCGGAUCAUCGCAGAUCACAACUUGACUGUCCCGCACCGUCUGGAGGACCUGUAUGAAGUCUACCUCCGCGAGCUGGAAGAGGGCACUUUAGAACGGACUAGUCUCAUUGACAGGACUUCAGUUUUGGCUUUGAAGGACAGCCAGAGCUCCCUGCCGAAAAUCCUUCAGAUCACAGCCGAGGAGACCUCCCAGGAACCGGACUCGGACCAGGAGAGCGUGAGGACCUUCGGAUCCGACAACAGGAAUCUCAAUUACAGGGACCGCAGAAUCUUACCGCGACUUCUGUCUGAGGCUGAGAGCGAUACCAAUAAAGUGUUCAAAACCAGCCCUCGCGCCCGUUACUUUAAGAACUCCACAGUGGUGACUCCGCCUCCAAUUCACGUGAACGGGAUGGUCAGCAAGGAGUCAUUUCCGAGGAGCAAUCUGGCGAGCGUAAGCGGACACAUCAACUCCUCCCCCGAGAGCGGCGACAAGGUUGCUUUAACGCGCAAAGAAAAGAAGGAAAUUCUCAGCAGCAUAAAAAGCAUAUCGGUGAAGGCGGCGCGGCGGCGUUCCCGGGCCAUCGAAGGUGACCGCCUCCAGCCUCUCCAGCCGACGGAGAGGAGCAACCUGUCCGUUCACUCGCUGAGCGAGAGCGAGGACAACCCGUUCCACCACCAGCAGACGCCCAGCUCGCCGCUCCACCACGCCGCCAGCGAGGAUAACCUUUCCACCAGCACCGGGGAGAUGGUGGUGGCACUGGCGGGAGGCGUGGGAGGAAACCAGCGGAGGGAUUCCCCGGGCAUGUGGCAGCGCGUGCCAAAGAAAGGGGCCCAGAAGCCGGAGAGGAGGGAGGAGCCUCUGGAAGUCAAACGCAGGAAGAAGAGGUCGCGGUCCUUUGAGGUCACGGGCCAGGGGCUGGUCAGACCAAAGAAUCAUCCUUCCCGCAGCAGAAUCCUGGAAAGCAAUUCUGACCACAAGAUCCAGAAUAACGGUCUUCCGGGAGGGCACAGCCGCAUUCCAGGAAAGGUUGUGCUGCCCGUAGCGCAGGUCAGACUUCCACAGAACCACGCAGGAACAGUGAAGCAGGCGGACCACCAGGGGACGGGGUCCCAGCCCAACCCCCCAGUCAACACCAAGAAGCAAACCUCUAACCAACGACCGCGAUUCAACUACGUCAACUCCAACACUGCCGGCGUGACUGGCAAAGAGAUGAAGGUUCGGAGAUAUUAAACGGCGGUCCGUGGUACGAAGCAGUAGAGCCAAGAAAGGGGCCU